UUUUAAAAUUCUUUCAUUUUAUCCAAAUAAAUUAUCUUCACUAACUCAUGUGAAUAACUUCUAUAUUAAUGGGGGUGUAAGCGAUCUUCAAUUUACACAACUCACUAGUCGUCUCUAGCUAACCAUGGCAUCUCUUGUAGAGAAACAACUCCUUAAGUCCCUCUUCUCAUUCUUCUUAUUAGUCCUCUUUUCCCAUACAGUUUUUUCGUCCCGAAAAACAUUUGAUCAGAGAAAACCUUGCAAACACUUCUCCUUCUACUUUCAUGACAUCCUCUACGAUGGUGACAAUGUAGCAAACGCAACCUCAGCCGCUAUAGUGAGCCCGCCAGGAUUAGGAAACUUCAAGUUCGGUAAGUUUGUGAUCUUUGAUGGCCCCAUAACAAUGGACAAGAACUAUCUCUCAGAACCUCUAGCUCGCGCACAAGGCUUCUAUUUCUAUGACAUGAAGAUGGACUUCAAUGCGUGGUUUUGCUACACCUUGGUGUUUAACUCGACGCAACACAAAGGGACAUUGAACAUAAUGGGUGCGGAUUUGAUGAUGGAGCCGACAAGAGAUCUAUCGGUCGUGGGUGGGACGGGUGAUUUCUUCAUGGCUCGUGGGAUCGCUACCUUCGUGACGGAUAUAUUUCAAGGGGCUAAGUAUUUCCGUGUUAAGAUGGAUGUUAAACUCUAUGAAUGUUAGUAACUAACUUCAUGUGUUUGAUUCUUAAAGCUUGUGUGUUGACGCACAGAUAAAAUGUGUUACUAAAAAUAAGUGUUUGUUCUGUUUUAUUUUAUAGUUUUUCUGUGUGUUUUCGUUUAUGAUUUAUAAUUCUUGAUGUUCCAAACCUCAAUUGUUAGAAGACGUAAUGAAAAGAAUGUUUCUGUCGUGAA